AUGACUGUUGAAACUUCUGAUGCCGAAAAAGGCACGGCCUCCUUGAAAGUCAUGGCAGACCCUAAUCUAUCCAAAGUCGAGAGCUUCUCCCCCGGCGAACAAUUCCAGCUUGCUGAGCAGGCAGGGACAAAAAGAAACAUAAGAUCUCGCCAUGCUCAAAUGAUUGCCAUUGGCGGUACCAUUGGUACAGGUCUCUUUGUGGGAGCAGGACAAGCUCUUGCAACCGGCGGGCCCGGCUUCCUCUUGCUCGCUUACCUCCUGAUCUCACUGCUGGUCUAUGGUGUUGUGACUGGAGUGGCAGAGGUGGCGACCUUCCUCCCAGUUUCUGGAUGCUCGAUGGCCUACUACUGCGCUCGUUUCGUCUCCCCAUCCGUCGGCUUCGCGCUGGGCUGGCUCUAUUUCUACUCCUUCGGCAUCAUCGCAGCCUACGAGAUCACUGCUGCAAGCAUCGUGAUCGACUACUGGCCAAACAACAUUCACAUCGCAGUCUGGAUCACCGUCAUCCUGGUUGCCAUCGUGGCACUCAACCUCUGCCCUGUGGGCGUCUAUGCCGAGACUGAAUUCUGGUUCGCUGGCAUCAAGAUCGUCAUGAUUAUCGGCUUGCUUCUCCUCUCCUUGAUUCUCAUGCUUGGUGGAGGUCCGAAUCACGACCGUCUGGGAUUCCGCUAUUGGAACGACCCUGGUGCAAUUAAAGAAUACAUUGUCAAAGGAGAUGGUGGGCGCUUUACUGCCUUCCUCUAUGUCUGGGUCUUUUCCGGCUUCUCCUUCUAUUUCGGUCCCGAGUUGAUCGUCUUUUCUGGCGGCGAGAUGCGCAACCCUCGCAAGAAUCUUCCACUGGCAGCACGUCGAUACUUUAUACGACUGGUUGUCUUUUAUGUGCUUGGAUCUCUUGCGAUCGGCGCCAUCUGCCGCUCUGACGCUGCUGGUCUGACCACCAGUGCAGGAAACGCAAACGCUUCUCCGUGGGUCAUUGCCAUUCGAAACGCCGGCAUCUCUGGCCUACCAUCGGUGAUCAACGUUGGUAUCCUCACCAGCGCCUGGUCUGCCGGCAAUUCUUAUCUCUUUAUGUCGAGUCGAGCUUUGUACUCGCUUGCUGUGGCAGGAAACGCACCCAGGAUCUUUGUCCGGUGCAACCGCUGGGGAUUGCCCAUCUACGCCGUCCUGGCAAGCAGCUGUUUCACCCUGUUGGCCUAUUUGAGCUGCGGCUCUCAGGCUGGUGUCGUAUUCAACUACUUCAUCAACCUGACAAACUCGGCCGGCUUUACCUCCUGGUUGGUCUGCUCUAUUAUUUUGAUCCGGUUCCGCAAAGGCUGCGAUGCACAAGGAGUCUCGGUUCCCUACCGCUCCCGCAUCCAGCCGUAUGCCUCAUGGGUCUGCCUGUGUUUCUUCACCUUUUUGCUGUUGAUCAACGGCUUUACUGUCUUCUAUCCUGGAAACUGGUCGACAAGCAGCUUUUUGACCAACUAUCUGGGUAUUCCAAUCUUUGGCACACUUUGGAUCGGUCAUGGAUUCACAGUUGGCCGCAAGAAUCCAUGGCUGUACAGCGCUUCAGAGAUGGAUCUUACAACAGACCUCAGAGAGGUCGAAGCUGAUGCAGAAAUGUGGAACCGGGCGGAGGCAGUCAGAAAGGAACAGACAAGUCAGCACAGUCUGCUGAAGAAGAUUUCUAUCCUGUGGGGAUAG